AUGUGGAGGUGGUUUCUGCAGCAGAUGGAGAUGAAUUUAAUGCUUUUCUUUUUACUGCCCACAAACAUCACAAACAUCACAGAUUUAUCCGUGUUUUAUGAAUGUGACCAGGAGGGUGUGGGUGGUGUGAGAGAAACCUCAGCAGGAGGGUGUGGGUGGUGUGAGAGAAACCUCAGCAGGAGGGUGUGGGUGGUGUGUGAGAAACCUCAGCAGGAGGGUGUGGGUGGUGUGUCAGAAACCUCAGCAGGAGGGGUGUGGGUGGUGUGUGAGAAACCUGAGCAGGAGGGUGUGGGUGGUGUGAGAGAAACCUCAGCAGGAGGAAACCUCAGCAGGAGGGUGUGGGUGGUGUGUGAGAAACCUGAGCAGGAGGGUGUGGGUGGUGUGAGAGAAACCUCAGCAGGAGGGUGUGGGUGGUGUGUGAGAAACCUCAGCAGGAGGGUGUGGGUGGUGUGUCAGAAACCUCAGCAGGAGGGUGUGGGUGGUGUGUCAGAAACCUCAGCAGGAGGGUGUGGGUGGUGUGAGAGAAACCUGAGCAGGAGGGUGUGGGUGGAGCAGGACACAGCGGCUGCAGAGAGGAGCAGCGUGACUGAACCGCGUGUGCAACAAGUCAGGGUCACAGAGAGCAGAGAAAUGCCGCCUCCCGCAGACAUCGUGAAGGUGGCGAUCGAGUGGCCCGGUGCCAACGCUCAGCUCAUCGAGAUGGAUCAGAAGAGAGCUCUGAAUUCAAUAAUACGGGAGGUGUGUGACGGGUAA